GGUUGAGCGCUGAGCUCUCAGCAGAUACAUCCCUGCACCCGAUCCUGGAGCGCCCACUUCUCCAGAUCCCAGCGGGGAGCGGGGGGCGACAUUCGGCUCCUUUUCCCACCGAGCCCUUGAGAAGCGUCAAAGAUCCGCCGCCCGGGCGCCCCCGCCCCGGCCCCUAGAGCGCUUCGGCCGCGGGCCGGGCUCCCGCACUCGGCCGGCGAUGGCCUGCAGAGCCACCUCGGCGCCGCCUCAGCUGCCUGAGCGGCUGGGGCCCGGGCCGAGGCAGCGCGCGAGGAGCCCGGGAGCGCAAGAGAGGCACCUGCUGAGCAGCGUGCCCGCGGCGCAGACCUUGGCCAGAGUCAUCCGGCCUUGCUACGGCCCCCACGGCCGGCAGAAGCUCCUGGUCACCGCCAGAGGAACCACCGUGUUCACGGGCUACGCCGCGGCCAUCCUCCGGGCCCUGGAGCUGCAGCACCCCGCCGCGCGGCUCCUGCGCGAAGCGGCCCACACGCAGGCGGAGAGCAGCGGCGACGGCGCGGCCUUCGUGGUUCUGCUGGCGGAAGCCCUGCUCCAGCAGGCCGAGCACCUGCUGCGCGCCGGCCUGCCCCGCUCGCAGCUGCGCCAGGCCUACGCCGCGGCGACCGCGGAGACCCUGGCCCUGCUGCCCUCCCUGUCCGUCCGCUCCCUGGGGCCUUUGGAAGAUCCCUUUUGGGCCCUCUAUUCGGUGAUGAACACCCACACCGCGUCCCAGAUGGAAUGCUUGACCAGGCUGGUGGCCCAGGCGUGUUGGGCCACCAAGGAGAGGGACGGCAGUUUCCGCCGCGAGCGCGUGGGGGUGUGCACCCUGCGAGGGGGGCGGCUGGAGGACUCGUGCCUGCUCCCGGGGCUGGCCCUGUGUGCGAAGCCCCGCGGGCAGGUGAUCACGGUGCUGACCGGCGCCAGGGUGGCUCUCUUUGUCUGCGCCUUCGGUCCUGCCAGCCCAAAUGCUCCGGCAACGGCCCGUCUCUCUGGUCCUGAUGACCUAACUAAAUUCAGGAAAGGAAAUGAACAGUUGAUAGAAAAGCAAGUAGCCCAACUGGUAGCUGCAUGCAUUAAUGUGGUGGUGGUAUUGGGGGACAUCGAUGAGAAUACACUGACACAGGCUGAUAGGUACGGCAUCAUGGUGAUUCAAGCCAGGUCCCGGGGGGACAUGGUCUACUUGAGUGAGGUGUUGGGCACACCUUUGAUGCCAUAUCUGCUUCCUCCCCUGAAGCCAGGAAAGUGCCAGAGGGUAUACCUGCAGGAGCUGGGGGAAGGUUUGACUGUAGUAUUUGAAUGGGAAUGUUCAGGUACCCCUGCCCUCACCUUGGUCCUCAGGGGGGCCACCGCUGAGGGGCUAAAGGGUGCAGAGCAGGCUGUCUACCAUGGCAUUGAUGCCUAUUUCCAGUUGUGUCAGGAUCCCAGACUGCUCCCCGGAGCGGGGGCCACAGAGAUGGCUCUGGCAAAAAUACUCUCAGAAAAAGGAAGCAAAUUGGAAGGGCCCAAUGGCCCAGCCUUCCUAGCAUUUGCACAGGCCCUUCAGUCUCUUCCUGAAACCCUUGCAGAGAAUGCAGGCUUGGUGGUCUCAGAGGUCAUGGCAGAGAUGAGCGGUGCCCACCAAGCUGGGAACUUCCUGGUAGGCGUGGGGGCUGAGGGGAUAAUAAAUGUGGCCGACGAAGAGGUGUGGGACACCCUAGCAGCCAAAGCCCAAGGUCUUCGAGUGGUAGCUGAUGUGGCUCUCCAGCUCGUGAGUGUAGAUGAAAUCGUACUGGCCAAGAAAAGUCCCAUGAGUCAACAGGACUUGAAUCCUGUUCCUAAGAAGGCAAGGCAACGCCCAUCUCCGGUGAAGAAAUCAACUCCUUAAACAAUUAAGUAGCAACAUCCUCAAUAAAAUGGGGAUUGCCAAGGAAGGCACAAUCCCCCGCAAAAAGAAUGUUUGCCAGGUUUAUUCCCUCCAUGUUUGGUACUGUCCAGAGUCAGUUUCUUUAGAUAAGAACAACAGAAAGGACCACAAGAUAAAAGUCCUUUUCACUGAUUUAUCUUGUUUCAGAUUCUUUACUUUUUUCAUUUCCUGUUUCUCUCCAUAUUUUUUUUUUCCUCCAAUAACAGCAGGAUUCAAUUCUAUUAAAGAUUUUUAAACUGAGUACCUGGGCUUUGGGGAUGAAAAAAAAAAGUACAGGAAUCUCUUUCCAACUGCUUGAGUUAUCCCCACACGAUAUCCUAAUAAAUGUGAAUUUCUGUCUAGAUGUCAUGUUCACAAUCUGAGAAUGUCAGUUCCAGCUCACAGGAGCAGCUGCACAUUCCUGUUGUGAUUAUUUGGGAAAAGAAGGGAAUGUUACUUUAAGGCAGAGAAGGAGGAGAAAAGGAGGAAGAGAAAGAGACAAAGGGAAAAUGAACCGGCAGGCAGAAAUAAAAUAAAAUAAAUUCUUGGCAUGGGUAACGGAAUAACACACACCUUAGAAGUGCACUAAGGUUGCUGUGUAGGGGAGGAAAACUGGGGAGCCCCUGGCACCAGGGUAUCCCCGGUAGGGCUACGAUUAGGGGCGGAUGCCCCUGGGCACUGAAGAGGGACUUCCAGCAGAGCUGGGAGCAAAGCAGCACAUUACUACCCAAAGCCUUUUCCACUUUAACCAUCCAAGUUAUUCUGCCUCUGGGAAAAGAGCAGAACCUAGGGACAGCAUCUAGGUGAUGGGAAGCUACAAUCUCUUACAAUCAUUAAAAAAAUAAAGAAAGAAAGAAAAAAUACUUUAAGUAUCUGGCAAGAGAACCAGACUCGAGAAACAAAUGUCUUACAGUGGGCAUAUUAGCUUCAACAAAGCAAAACAAAUGUGCAAAGAUUCCUUUAAAACUUGGAAGAAGUGAAAUCCUGAAAAGCUGUUAGUGAACAAAAGAUGGGAAAUGGAAAUGUAUAGAGCCAUACUCAUUUCUCAUUUAAGAUAUAUAAAACAUCCUUGAUGUGUCUUUCCUUGUUUUGUCUCCAUUGUUAUAUUUUAGUGAAUAUAACUGCUUUCAUAUUCCCCCCUGCCCUCAAGUUCCAUAUCAUUCUCAUAGUCUCAAAUUCCAUAACAGUGAUGAUGAUAGAAAUAGGUAAUAUUUUAAAGCAGUCCAAACACACUUUAUAUACAUUUUAUAUAGUCAUCAAAACAAACUUAUAAGAAAGGAGCUUGGUUAACUCUCAGUUGCAGGAGCUUCAAAAAAAAGUAAUUGACCAAAGUCACACAGUAAAUAGAAGAGGAAAAUCCAUUCUCUUAUUUGUUGUUUUAUCACCCCAAUCUUACAUUCCUCAAUUGUGAUGUUUUCAGAGAUAUAACCCCUAUGAUUACAAAGAAAGUAUGUCUCAAAGGCCUUCUGAAAAUUUACAAUGUGUUUUUUAAAUCAGACAAAAAGCCCUGUUUAUUGUAUAUAUAUGUAUAUAUAAAAGACGGCUCUUGCUCACAGAGAACAUUUUAGUUAUAUAUCCAACACAUAUGUAAUCCAAACAAUGUAAGAUCAUGUAUUUUAAAAGUCCUAAGUUUGACAUAUGGGGGAUUUUUUGAUAAUUUAUUUGGGGAGAAAUCAUAUUGCAGCAUUAACAUCUCCUUUGCCCCUGGACAGACAGACAGACAUACACACACACACACACACACACACACACACACACACACACCAUUUGUAUACAUGUAAAAACAAGUUAAAAUGAUCGAGGAUAGUCUUACAAGGGACAAAGAAAGGGAUAGCAGACACAAAUUCAACUGGCAUACGCUGAGAACUCUGAAGGUAAAAACACCUGACCCAAACUUGAAGCUUGAGGAGACAGAAUUCAGGCAUCUUAUGGGAUGUGCCGGGGAGGGCCUGGAGCUCACGCUGCUCAGGCUCCUGAACCGCCUUGGUUCCCAUCUAUCCCAAGACUGGUGGGUCAGCUCUUCGAUUCUGUGAACUGCCAAAUAUCCUUCAGAUCAGUCUCCUUGAGUGAGCCAGACUUGCUCUCCCCUUCUUGAGAAAGCAUUAGCAGCUCUAGAAGGGAAGGAAACAUCAUAGGACAGUGAAGGUGACCACUGGGGCAGCUGGUAGACCGGGCUUAGGGAAGAGGAGCAGAAUGGGGAGUCCGCUAUUAGCUCAAAGUGCUUGGGUUCCUCUUAGCUUCAGUUGAGGACACCUCCUCUCCAGCCCACCUCCUGAGCUCUUGCUGCCCAAAGUGUGAUGCCUGAACCAGGAAUGGAUCACCAAUGUGGAAGCUCAGCCCUAACCCCCACUCCCCAGACCUACUAUGUUAGAAUCUGCACUUUAACAUGAGCCCCAAGGGAUGGGGUGCAUAUUAAAGUUUGGGAAGCAUGGAUUUAAGCAAUGACCCAGAUUAGCUCUAGCUUGAUUAUGCUUAGAGUAUCUUAAUAUCUUUAUGUUCUGUUUAAGGGUUAAAAUAUAUGACUCGACAAAUUUCUUUUCUCCUGCUGACUUUGGAAAAGUUCACCAGCAUUUGAUCUCAGUUUUACUGGAUCCAAUCCUGCUUCCAACGUUACAAGAUCAAGGGUCUCAGGUUUUCCAAAGGCCCACAAAGUUGGCUACAUAUUUCUCUUCCAAGAUGGGCUUCUCUUCAACUCCAGCAGCAGCUGAAUUUCGGAAACGACACAUCCUAUCGCACGUUCCUUAUGGAACUUGCUCCUGGUGGACUGUCUGUUCUUCCAUCCCCAAUUCCUUCCAGUUUAGCAACU